CACUAUCGUCGAAAUGCAACGAAUUUCGUGACGAGUCGCUCGUCAACGAGAAAAUAUGACGAUAUGGACGAAUUCGUCGCCGUUGAGCAUGCACACCGAAAUCGUCAACGAGUGACGAGUAAUCUGUUGCAUAUCUACUCUGAUUGGACAAAAAAAUCACAUGACUAAUGUUUGCUUUCACAGUGCUGUGGCAAAAUGGCGGAUUGGCAAGAAAUAUUAAUUGAGCUAGUGAGAGAGAGGCGAUGUUUGUGGGACAAAUUUCAUCCUGACUAUAAAGAUAUACGGAAUAUAAAGAAAAAUAAUUGGAAGGAUGUUGCUCGGGAACUAAAAGUUGCAACCAAUAUUGAUCAUUCAGAUGAAGAUGUGAAGAAAAAGUGGGCUAACCUUAGUGAUACGUUUCACCAGCAAAGACGGUCAUAUGAGGCAAAGCUUGCAAGUGGUGCUCCAGCAGUGGAGGAGCCAGUGUGGAAAUGGUGGAAGUGUUUCCAAUGGUUACAUGAUGUCACAAAACAAAAUACGAGCAGUUCAUUUUCCAAUUUACCUGAAAUUGAGCCUCGAGUUUCAUCACCAUGCAGCCAUGAAAGUGAUCAAACAAGUUCACCAUAUAUUGCUGAAACGGAUGAUAUGGAGGACCAGGAAGAAACAUCCAGUGUCUCUGCUUGUAAUUCCACCUGUAAUUCCACCUUCAUACCAAAGAGAUCAAACAAAAGAAAACGCAGUAAUGUUGAGAGAGAAAAUGCAUUGCUGCUUAAAGAGUUGGCAUCUGUUAACUCUGAACUUUCUAACAUGUCACAGAUGGAGCCUAACGAUGACUUACACUAUUUUGCCAUGUCAAUAGCUGGUAAAAUGCGGAAAAUGAGCGAAUAUCAACAAGCUGUGGCACGAAAAGAAAUUGAAAAUAUUUUAUUUCAAAUUCAAUUUGCACCUUCACAAACACACAGUCCCAAUUUUACCUAUAGCCAACCCACAACUGUUACUAAUACUACUGAUCAGACUAUCCAGUCUGUUGCACCAGAUAAUGCACUUACUGACAUCAACCUAGGUUAAUUAUUUAAAAAAAAAUUUGGUAUCUGUAGUUUUUCUUUUUUAAUAUCUUAUGUCAUAAUUAAGCACACAACUAUUUUAAUGUUUUACUAACAGUUUAUUUUCCUAUUAUUAUACUUAUUGUAUAUCUUUACAACAUAUAUAAAGUUAUUUCUGCUUCAAAAACAAAUGACCAUAUGUAUUAAAACAAAAUCCUACAAAA